ACGUGGAGUAGGGAGCUGCCAGCCGAUGUCUACUAAAACUUCAAACUAUGAGAAGAGUUGAGACCAUAUUUUUGUAUAUGCGACGUCAGCGGUCUUAAUAUCGAGUGCCUUACGUCUUCAGAUUUAACUUUGACAAGUGUUUUCGUCCAGGAAUUAACAACACAGCACGCACCAGCUAGCCUUCUUAGCUAACAGGAACAGCAUCUGCUGUAACUAUAGCUAUCGCUAACCAAAGUCCGCGAUAUGCAAGUUAAAUACAUUUGAAUCACAAGAGCCAAAAAAUGAAAAGGAACAAGAAGGACUUGACUGACUGAUGUUGACGUAUAAUUUGAAAAAACUUCAGACGGACAACUAUUUAGCUUGCUAAUAUUAGCCAGUCGGCGGAUAACAGCAAACUGUCAAAAUGGGCUCUCUGUUCCGAGGUGAAGAUAUGUGUUUGGCCCAGCUGUUUCUGCAGUCUGGAUCAUCAUACGACUGCAUCAGUGAACUUGGAGAACUGGGGCUUGUGGAGUUCAGAGACCUCAAUCCCAGCGUCAAUGCUUUCCAGCGCAAACACGUCAAUGAGAUCAAAAAAUGUGAAGAGAUGGAGAGGAUCCUGGGAUACCUUUUGAGGGAAAUCAAGAAAGCUGAUAUUUCACUGCCAGAAGGAGAUGUGAACCCAGUGGCUCCUUUGCCCAAGCAUGUCAUGGCUAUAAUGGAUCAGCUGCAGAGGCUGGAACUUGAGUUAGGUGAGGUCACCAGAAAUAAAGAGAAGUUGCAGAAGAAUCUGCUGGAGCUGACAGAGUACACACACAUGCUGCGCAUCACUCGCAACUUUGUUCAGAGAACUGCUGAGCGAGAGCCUCUACAAGUACAGUAUGAGGAGUUUCCCUUCCUAGAAAAAGACACAAUGAUGGACUACAACAGUAUGCAGCGUCUAGGAGCCAAACUGGGUUUCAUUUCUGGGCUCAUUCAGAGGGUGAAGAUCGAGGCCUUUGAGCGGAUGCUUUGGAGAGUUUGUAAAGGCUACACCAUCCUUAGCUAUGCUGAGGUUGAGGAGUAUCUCGAAAACCCUGACACUGGUGAGCCUACUAAAAGUGUGGUGUUCCUGAUCUCUUACUGGGGAGACCAAAUUGGGCAGAAAGUGAAGAAGAUUUGUGACUGCUACCACUGUCACUUGUAUCCAUAUCCCAGCAGCAAUGAGGAGAGGAACGAUGUGGUGGAAGGACUAAGGACCCGUAUUCAGGACCUGCACACAGUACUUCAUAGGACAGAGGACUACCUGAGACAAGUCCUAAUCAAGGCUUCAGAGUCUGUCUAUACCUGGGUCAUCCAGGUCAAGAAGAUGAAAGCCAUCUACUAUAUUCUCAACCUGUGCAGUUUUGAUGUCACCAACAAGUGUCUAAUUGCUGAGGUGUGGUGUCCAGUCAGUGACAUUCCCACCCUGCGGAGAGCCCUAGAAGACGGAUCGAGAAAAAGUGGAGCGACAGUUCCCUCCUUUGUCAAUCGUAUCCCCACCAACGACACUCCCCCCACCCUCAUAAGGACCAACAAAUUUACCUCUGGCUUCCAAAACAUCGUGGAUGCUUAUGGCGUUGGCAGUUACAGAGAGGUCAACCCUGCUCCUUUCACAAUCAUCACUUUCCCGUUCCUGUUUGCUGUGAUGUUUGGGGACCUGGGGCAUGGAGCGAUCAUGGCUCUGUUUGCUUUCUGGAUGGUGUUGUACGAGAACAACCGCAAACUUAAAAACACAAGGAAUGAGAUCUGGAACACAUUCUUUGAGGGGCGUUACAUCAUCCUGAUGAUGGGCCUGUUCUCCAUCUACACUGGCCUGAUAUAUAACGACUGUUUCUCAAAGUCCCUAAACAUCUUUGGUUCUGGAUGGAGCGUGAAAGCCAUGUUCACCGCUGAUGUGUGGAAGGAUGCUGAUCUCGCUGGGAAUCAUUUACUUACUCUGGAUCCAAAUGUCACGGGAGUUUUCACAGGACCAUACCCUCUGGGAAUUGACCCGAUUUGGAACUUGGCAUCCAACCGGCUUACAUUUCUAAACUCCUAUAAGAUGAAGAUGUCAGUGAUAUUGGGCAUCAUACACAUGAGCUUCGGGGUCAUCCUCAGCACUUUUAACCAUUUGCACUUUAGGAAGAACCACAACCUAUACUUGGUUUUCCUCCCGGAGCUUGUGUUCCUACUGUGUCUAUUUGGCUACCUGGUGUUCAUGAUAUUAUACAAGUGGCUGGCCUUCUCUGCUAAGGAUUCAAGGCAUGCCCCGAGCAUCCUCAUUCACUUCAUAAACAUGUUCCUCAUGCAAGGUGACGCAGUGCAGCCCCUCUACCCAGGACAGACUGGCUUGCAAGUAUUUUUGGUGAUCAUAGCUGUUCUCUCAGUGCCUGUCUUACUCGUGGGGAAACCAGCCUACCUUUAUUGGCUUCAAAAUGCAAGCCACCGCAUAGGAAUGUACAGGGGAUAUGAGCGUGUGCGGCGUAACAGUGAAGAAGAGCUCUACCUGAUGAGGGCUCAUGACAUGGAGGAGGGCAGCAGUCACAGUGAGCUCUCCUCUAGUGGAGACCACCAGACAGAGGAGUUUGACUUUGCAGAAGAGUUUCUGCAUCAGGCCAUCCAUACCAUAGAGUACUGCCUGGGAUGCGUCUCGAACACAGCCUCCUACCUAAGGCUCUGGGCUCUGAGCCUGGCACAUGCUCAGCUGUCAGAGGUGCUGUGGGCCAUGGUGAUGCGAGUAGGACUAAGAAUGGACACCAGUCUCGGGGUUUUAUUCUUAGUACCAGUGUUUGGCCUGUUUGCUGUGCUUACUGUGUCCAUCCUGCUGGUAAUGGAAGGUCUAUCUGCGUUCCUUCAUGCCCUCCGGUUACACUGGGUGGAGUUUCAGAAUAAAUUCUACAGUGGAACUGGAGUGAAGUUUUGCCCCUUUUCCUUUACUCUCCUGCCCUCCAGCUUUGAGCAUGGGUCAGGAGGAGCAUGAUGGCUUACUGUGAAGGAACUGUCUGGUAAUGCUGUUAGGUGGUAAACAAAGCCAAAACAUGCCAGUGAUGUCACGAGCUGAUUAAGAAUUUUCUUUUCACCUUUUUUUUAAAAAAUAAUUUGUCAUGUGGAGAGAAAAAAAAAUGAAGGACUUCAACAUGCUGCCCUCCAAACAAUUCAAAGAACACAGGUCGUACAGAGUGUACUGCUGAGGAAUUACUGUUUUUCUUAGUCCAAAUUUAUGUAACACAGGGUAUUUGUACUUUGUUUGGGCUGUGAGGCUCAAAUUUAAGAUGUAACUCAUUUGCCUAAAUGCAUCGAUUUUUCUUAUGAGGCCUUAUUGAUUGUUGAUAUCACCUGUAUGGGAAACCGCAUCUGCCAAACUAAGAAUAAAUAAGUGAAAAAGAUAAAGGAAUAAGUAAAAUGAUGACCCCAAGCUUUGGCUAUACUGACGGAGAGAUUUAUUGUUGGUUUUAUAGUUGACAAAUAAAAGAUCUGAAAAAACUUUUUAUCCAUCCAAUUCUUUUUUUUUUUUGAUCCAGUUAUUUUGGCAUAAUUGUGUCCAUUAAAGCAGCUAUCUUGUCACCCCCCCCCCCCCCCCAUUGAGUUUUAGUUUUGGCAGAUGUGGUUUCCAGGGGCCUGGUAGUGAGCCACCUUUCAAUUACAUGAAGCUUUUGCUCAACUUUUUGUUGCACUGACUGCCUUACAGAAGUACAACCAAAUGACAGCAUACUGUAUGAUUCUUAAGUUUCCCUUGUAUUCCUACUUUGUGGUACCAAAACACUGCGAAGGAUCCUUUGACUUUUCAGUAUUGAGAAGUCCUUGGGCAGGGAUGUGCUGAGAUGUAAAUAGUUUUACAGAAUUAUUUUUUUAAUUUAUUAUAUUUUAAAAUGUUGCAACAGAAUUAAAGAUGAAUGUCAAUGGGAUAUGAUUUUUACUUUAAUGCAUUCACAGUGUUGCCUACGUGUCACUUGCUGUACAAUUUAACAUUCCACGUAUUGAAAAGUUGUAUCAUUCAUUUGUUGACUGCUAUAAAUAUUUCUUAUUCUCUUUGACACCCUGGUUGGCCUGUAUUAAACGUGAUAGUAUAUCUUCAGUCUUCUCCCUAGUAUCUGGCAUUGGUAGUAUUUGCAGAAUUUGUGAAUUUGAAAUAUUUUGGAUAAUGGAACUAUUAGUGUCUAAAUUUUUCUUUAAGGGAAGGAGACUUCAUCACUGUCACCGUUACAUUACUGACAUAUUUUGCACUUUUUCACAGGCAACAUAAUUUGCCACACAUUUUUGAAAGUUAGGACCACAUGGUGACAGAAUCUAUGAAAUAACUGGCCGUCACUGUCUUAGUGGGUGAGGAAUGUUUGAUGAGCCAUGAUUUGCUUUUUGUUGACUCUAAAUUGUAUUUCGGGGUGGUUUAGUGGAUAGUAUAAUUGCCUCUAAUAUAGAUCUCAUCUUGCCAUUAAUUUUCAUUUUAACAAGUAUGUUUUAUCCCCAUUGACAAACACUCCAGCUUCUGACUGUUUGAGAAAAUUCUGAGAAAAUCCUCGCCUUUGGCCUUCUACUUUUGUGUUGGGCCAGCAGUCUGUAUGGGAUGUACUGUAUAUGCAUGUAUGUCUUGAGGCAACUAUGUUUUAAUUUCAUUGUUAUUGAAAAUGAUGCAACUACACAAAAUUACACAUUUCUACAUCAGUCCAACACCUCAUGGAAGCAGUGCAGGAGUUAGCUUGUCUUCAAACCUUUGCUUUCGUCACAAAAUGACAGAGCUAUGUCUGACUCUAUGAGAUCAGGUUUAGUACUGCUUUCUGACUAUGGCAAUGGUUAGAUCUGACAUGUCAGUAAUAAACUGUAUUUGAGUUGUUUUUUCACCCAAAGCCCAUAACUGCAUUUCUCAUUCAUUAAGCUACAUAUUGUGUGCAGUAAGUGCUUUUAAAAGUACAAUCUGAAAGUGACCUUUGUGCAUCUUUUUAAAUGUUGCUUUGUGUUGAUUUGUAUGAAGUGGAAACACACACAAACAGUUUGGACAGCAUGUUAAAGCCUCAGUGCAGUAUACUGGAGGGAGGGAUUGCUAUAAACAGUACAUUUUGUAUGAUUUUUAUCAAGUCAGUGUCUGUUCAAAACAGUCACUCAUCUCUUUGUUUGACUUCUGAUUCAUGAACUGAUUCCAGUUGUCAAUUAA